CUUCAAGGUCAUCUAUCGUCAUCAACAACUGCCGUAUCUUGUCAAUUGAUGCAUACCGAGCUGUAGACGUCUGACAGGUCCAUCUCCAGCAUCACGGACAACUUGGCAAUGUCGGAGAACGCACCUCUCCUCCCCUCAUCGGCAGACUCGCCGCCUCUCGCCGGUCAACAACGAAAACGACCCGCCCGUACGAUCCUCGUCGUCCUCGCCCUUAUCGGAGCGUGCAUCUUUGUCGGGAUCAAGGGAGAGAAUGGACUCUUACCCAAGAAUCCUAUGAAAAGGGCACAAUACUUUCUGUCCAAUUCUCCUGUCAUCGACGGUCAUGUGGAUCUGCCCGAGCUCGCACGGGUCAUGUAUGGCAACAAUGUCGACGAGUUUAACCUGAGAAAGAAGACUGUCGGUCAAGUAGACAUUCCUCGUAUGAAAAGGGGUCAUAUGGGCGGGAUGUUCUUCUCCGUCUACGUCGACUGCGUGGAAGACGGACCCGACUUCUUGCUCCCCACGAACCGGGUCAGGGACACGUUGGAACAGAUCGACGUGGCCAAGUUGAUCAUGGAGAGGUAUUCGGACGUCUUCGAGUAUUGCGAGUCUGCUAUCCAGGUUCGCGAUGCGAUCUAUGGAGGCAAGGUGGCUGGGCUUUUGGGGGUCGAAGGAGCGCAUCAACUAGGAAACUCUCUCGGAGUGCUCAGACAAUACCACGCCCUAGGUGUCAGGUACAUGACCCUUACGCAUUCUUGUAACAACGCUUUUGCGGAUUCGGCUGGAAUCUUUGAACCGGUCGAACCGGCUCAUGGAGGAUUAUCGUCGUUUGGAAAGGAUUUGAUAUACGAGAUGAACCGGGUCGGAAUCCUGGUUGAUAUCAGCCAUGUUGCCGAUACGACCGCUCUGCAAGCCCUCGAGCUCACGCGAAGUCCGGUUAUCCUGUCCCACUCGGACGCUCGACACUUCAACAACAUCUCACGUAACGUGCCCGACGAAGUGCUCCGUAGGAUCGGUAGCGGCAAAGGCAAGAACGACGGGGUUGUCAUGGUCAACUUCUACCCGGCAUUCUUGCUCCCUCGAGGACAAAAGGCCGACGUCAAGACCGUCGCGGACCAUAUCGAAUAUAUCGCUAGCAUUUCCGGGAAAGCUCACGUCGGAAUCGGGUCGGAUUACGAUGGCGUCGAGACCGUGCCGGAGGGUCUCGAAGAUGUCUCAAAAUACCCUGAACUCUUCGCCGAGCUCAUCCGGCGAGGUGGAUGGUCCCAAAAGGACCUUGCCGGCCUAGCAGGGGAGAACUUGCUCCGAGUGCUCGAAGGUGCCGAGCGGGUCGCUUUCGACAUGAAGAAGGAGGGGAAGCAGCCUAGUAUGGCCGUCUAUGACAAGAGGACGGACUUGGGCAAUGGAGGGGAAUAUUAAACUUUCGGACGGCCCUUGGGUUACUUUCUGCUCUCUCCUGCAUGAUCUAA